AAACGACGUUCGUUAUUGUUAUUGUUUACAUCUAAGGAUUUUGACCACGUGUUCGUGUUAAAGAUGUAUACUUUAGAAAUUUGUGUGGACAAUAUUGUAUCAGCAAAAAAUGCUGCAUUAGCAGGGGCCAACAGAUUAGAGCUGUGCUCUGAGUUAUCAGUUGGUGGUCUUACUCCGAGUGUAGGCCUUUUUAAAACUGUCCAGAAGAUUGUAAAUAUACCUAUUCAUGUUUUAAUUCGUCCACGGUCUGGACACUUUGAGUAUGAUGAAGAAGAAAUCAAUGUUAUGGAAGAAGACAUUCAAAACUUUAUUAACCUUGGUGUGGAUGGCAUUGUACUUGGUGCUUUGAAAGGGUCAGAAAUAGAUAUGAUGUUAUGUCGUCGUUUGAUUGGUUUAUGCGAAAAUGUACCUGUUACGUUUCACAGAGCUUUUGAUUUGUGCACAGAUCAUACUAAAGCUCUAGAAGAUGCAAUAAGUUUAAAGUGUUCACGAAUUUUAACAAGUGGUUUUUCGCCAUCAGCUUACAAUGGAAUGUCAGAAAUACAAGAAUUAGUGAAAAAGGCUAUGUCAAGAAUAAUCAUUAUGCCAGGUUGUGGAAUUACUGUCAACAAUUUAGCAGAAAUAAAAGAAGUUACUAAUGCCAAAGAAUUUCAUGCAUCAGCCAGUGAACUUGUGGGCGUGUCUUGUGAACACCCAGUGGUGAAAGGAACAACCUCACAUUUAGUGACUUCUGAAACUAUUGUCAGAUCAAUGAAAAAAUGUCUAGUGUGAUACAAAAUCAGUUUCGGGUAAACUUAUAAUGCUGUUAUUUAGCUAAAAAUGAUUUCUACAGAGAGAAAAAUAAAUACUUACAAGGGGUGACCAAGGUAAGGGUUUUUUCCACAUCACACAGAAAAAUAAAUGGAAAAGACUGUAAAAACAAACAAAACAUGGGGGGGGGGGGGGGCUGCGAAAAUAUUCACCUAUAAAUUCUGUAUAAGUCAGUACAAAACAAAAUGCAAAUGAUUCAUUGUUAAUUAUUGUUAAAAUUAUAAUUUAAAGAAAAUAUAUGUUAAUGAAAAUAUAUCCUCAAUAUAUGUAUAUAUGCUAAAGCUGAUCCAGAAAACUGUAAAUAUCUAAUACUAGUUACUUAAGACACGUUCUUUUGAUUUGUAUUCAUUGAUUUACUGUUAAAAUAAAUUUCUAAC